AUCUAUACCUUACCUUGGCUUGAACUACAAGAAAGUAGUGUGUUCUGAAGCUAUGGUCACCUCAUCAUCAUCAAGCUUGAUAUUGUUCUGCCUCACAGUUUCAUUGCUUCUUCUUCUUCUUCCCUUGCCCUCCCAUUGUGCAGACCCUGAUCCUUUACUAGACUUGUGUGUGGCAAACUUGACUGCCUCCACAUCAUCUAGCUACUUCCCCUGCAAACUCCCCUCGGAGGUUACUGCAGAUGACUUUGUCUUCGACGGGCUGAGCAAGCAAGGUAACGUCACGAACCUCUUUGGGGUGGCUGUGACAACCGGGAAUGUCCUUUCGUUCCCGGGGCUCAACACUCUCGGGUUAUCCAUGAACAGAGUUGACUUUGGGCCAGGUGGGAUUAACCCGCCUCACUCGCACCCUCGUGCUAGUGAGAUUGGGAUUGUCAUUGAAGGGACGAUCCUUUCAGGGAUUGUGACAACUAAGAAUGUGUACUACGGUAAGGUCGCGACUGCGGGGCAAGUGUUUGCGGUUCCAAGGGGACUUGUUCACUUUGAGCUAAAUCUUGGGCAAACAAAGGCCCUUUUCUUCACAGCUUUCAACAGCCACUUGCCUGGCUCCACUGUUCUUCCUCUAAGUCUAUUUGCUGCGGCCCCUUCAAUCCCAAUGGAAGUGCUGACCAAGACCUAUCUAGUGGAUGAAGAUGCGAUCAACGCCAUGAAAUCCAAGUUCGUCUUUUAAAAUAAUAUGAGUGGAAUUUUCGAUUUGUUUCGCUUUGUUUGAAGGUUUGGAUUGUAUGUAUAUAGUAAUGUUAAUGUUGUAUGGGUAGACGAAGUUUGAAAAAUAAAGCUGGGGCCGUACGUCCUUGUAUCGUAUGUGCAUACUCUUUAUUAUUAUUUCUCUUUGGCAACA